UACGCACUAGAUUAGUGACUGCAUUACUAUUAAGUAUUAUGCUGCAAAUCAUGCAUGUGUGGCACCGCUGACUUAAGUUUAACAUGUGCCUACCAGCAGAGGAAAAAAGAAGGGUAAGCCAGUCUGUGGGUACCGGGUACAAAGGCUGCAUAGAGUAGGGCUGUUGCAGUGUGGACAAUCCCGUUUAUUCUUUGAAACUCAAAAUUGGAAUAACAAAAUUUACCAAAGUUGGUGAAUUAUGUUCAGUACAAAAGCUACCAUUCUGUGUCUCAGAGGACCCCGAUCUGGGGGCUUGACCUCAGGUAUCAAGGAAUGCUUAAAGUCGUACAGCAGUAAGGCUCGACUGUCUUCGGGAUUCCAACGAUGGAGGACGCCCAUCUUAGCAACAGUUGGGGGAGGAAUGGCUCUUGGUGUUGGACUGGUGACCAGUUUAUGGUAUGACCAUCUUCAUGAGGAAUCGCCUUUAGGUAUUCAAGAGGCUGGAUGCAAGGAGAAAGCUAAAUGGAAAGACAAGGAUACUUUUGGCGAUGCUGUCUGGAGGCAGGAGAUCUUUGGGAAGGCCGGACUCAAGGAAGCAAUGAAAAGGUCUAGAGAUUUGUUGCAGAGGGCCAAAGAUGAGGUUGGUUCACCAGGCAUCGUAGCAGCAGUGAGCAUCAACGGGAGGCUUGUGUGGGCCGAGGGAAUUGGGUAUGCUGAUGUGGAGAACCGUCUUCCAUGCUCAAGUGACGGCGUUCAUCGCAUCGCUAGCAUCAGUAAGUCUCUCACCAUGACAGCUGUAGCAAAACUCUGGGAAGAAGGAAAACUGGAUCUAGACCAACCAAUACGGCACUAUGUACCAGAAUUCCCCGAGAAGGAAGUUGAUGGAAAAAAGGUGGACAUCACUACAAGACAGUUGGUUUCACACCUGGGUGGCAUCAGGCACUAUAACAAAGACUACAUCAAGAAGCUGGGGAACCAGUCCAACAAAGAGGGUAUCUCCAAACUUACCAAAGACUCCAAAAUUUUCUCCAAGAGUGACAAAUCCAAAGACACCCCCAAAAACACGGAAGAGAAGGGAGAAAACGACACUAAGGAGACAGAGUUUUACAUCACUAAGGACUACUCCUCGGUCAUCGAUGCCUUAGAUGUUUUCAAAGAGGACCCUUUGGUGCACAAACCAGGUAGCAAGUUCUUGUACACAACUCAUGGUUGGACACUUGUGAGUGCCAUCGUGGAUGCAGCAGCCGACGAAGACUUCUUAGUCUACAUGAAGAAGAUCUUCAAGGAUCUAGGCAUGUCCCACACUGUCCCCGAUGAGGCCAGCAAGUUGAUUUACAACCGAGCUCGAGGUUACACCAAGAACAAGAAGGGCAAACUGAUCAACGUGCCGGCCGUCAAUCUUUCUCACAAGUGGGCUGGAGGUGGCUUUCUAUCUGAUGUCAAGGACCUUAUUCAGUUUGGAAAUGCUAUGUUAUAUAGCUAUCAGUAUACUGACGAACACAGAGAUGCCGGCCUACCCCAAGGCUACCUCCAACCAGAGACCAUGAAAACAAUCUGGUCCCCUGUCCCCCUCACCAAAUGUUCCUGGGAUGCCGAGGGUGUCUACACUAUGGGAUGGGCCGUUCGCGAAAGAGGGAAGCAGCAGCGAGGAUUGUGCCCUGAGAAACACCAAAUGGUGUCGCACACGGGAGGAGCGAUAGGGGCCAGCAGUGUGCUUCUUAUAGUGGACUGCAGCCGACCAGAAAUAGUCAGCAAAGGUCAACCAGUGAAGAAUAAUAGCAUCCAAGAUGACAUCCUGAAACGGAGCAGUCUUGGCAAUAGCCCAACUCAAAAUGACAAUUCCAUGAAACAUGACAUUGCGUCAUCCCGAGAUUUGUCUUUACCAAAAGGAAUUGCGGUUGCAAUAAUUGUAAACCUGGACGAUAUUGGUCUAUUCAAGACUGCCGUUGAUAUUGCUGAAGAGUUCCAAAAAGUAAAUCACAUAUUUUAACUUACGUUAUUACUUAGCCUGACUGACAUUUUAGAAUUUUUGCAAACAACUAGUUUUCAACUUGCAAAAGCUGCAAUAUAAUACUGUGCAGAUUACUUUUUUAAAAAAUGAAAUUUGACCUACCUUGAUGUAAGCCGUUAACACUAAACAAGGACUGUGUGAUGGUGUCUGCCUGAUCUCUCUGGCUGACCUGGAUAGCUUUUGACAGUGAGCUCAGAUGUUAUUUAUUCAGUAUUUCGUGACAGGCAUAAUUUGUUCUCCGUUAGUGUAAUUUAACAGCUUAAAGGUGCUAAAGAUGCAGAAUUUUAAUAGUAUUAACUGCUGGAGAGGGUUAGUUAAGAAUUUUCAUUUUUGAUUACUAGAUGUUUGUAUAAAUUCUGUCAUCACUCAAAUUAGUGUGAAAAAAAGCAGCAAACUAGUGCCCCGUCGCUGUUGAACUUUUCACACACCACCGUUCAUUGUGUGUUUGGAUAAACCAAUUUUAUUCAGUGAAAUUAACUGUUUCUUAUAUUCAGCCCUUUAGUACUCUUCAAAACCAUGUCAGGAAUGAUAACAUUAUUUGCUAAAUAUUUUAAAAAUCCUAACAUUGAAGAUGAUUAAGGAAGAAACUUAGUCGUUUUACAGUUAUCUAAAGGACAGAAAUGGAAAACAGUGUAUUACUGUCCAGUAAUCAAAUUAUUUAAUUCCACAAGGGUAAACAAGAAAUCAUAAAUUGCAAUGAAAUGAAAUCAAGAUUACAUAUGGGUCAUAUCAAUAGUGAUAUUGCAAAGGUUUGUUGUAACUUGAAAUGAAUGUUUAGAUUCUUAAAUUGUUUCUGAAUGAUAAAAUCUCUUACCUUGUUUCUCAUAUACAGUACUAAUAGUAACAACAAGGACAGUUAUGGAUAAUUUGGGGGAAAUUAACAAGUUUGAAAUAAAAUUGUGUUUGAAAACCUAGUUUGAAAAUUUGUCAAAACAGGCAUCAGUAAAUGGGAGAUUCGCUACUAUAAAUAAGAAUAGUGUUUUACCUCAAUAGUCCAUUUAAAAGCUAAUUGGAAUCGGAAUUGUUUUACUUUUUUCUAGAGUUUUUAACUACUUAAAAUGCUCAGCAGUUUUGAGAAUUAAAGACGAUUUAAGCGA